GCGCCGCGGGCGGAGCGCGCAUGGAGGGGCCGAGCCGAGCCGGGCCAUGGACCAGCACCUGCGGCGGCUGCGACAGGAACUGCUCUCCAUGAAGGAGGUGGGAGACGGGCUGCACCAGCAGAUGAACUGCAUGAUGGGUGCUCUGCAGGAGCUGAAACUCCUCCAGGUCCAGACAGCUUUGGAGCAGUUGGACAUCUCCGGGAGCCGGAGCACCAUGCCUGGCACAGAGCAGCAUCGGUGCUGCCAGAGCCACGGGGAUGUGCCCAGAGCCCAGCAGGACCAGCAGCCACAGGGCAAGGUGGUGACGGAGGAGAGCAGCCCCAAAGCCCUGGUGUGUGCUGUGCCUCGGGGGGUGGCUGUGUCCUGUCCCACUGCACUUCCAGAGGGCAGAAGCCUGGGAGAUGCCUCCUCCAGGAACCUCUGCGGGGAGCACGUUUCUGACCCCAAAGCAGCUUCCUCUGUGCUGAGCAGGGGGGAGCCCGUCCAGCCAAGGACAUUUGAGCCCAGGAGCCAGGACAUGGCUAGGGGGUGGGCAGGAUGCCAGGAGUGCCCUGGGUGUGAAGAUGGCCACGACUGGACAUCAUCCCUGAUGUCCCAGAGCAGGAAUCGGCAGCCCCUGGUCCUGGGGGAUAACAUCUUUGCAGACUUGGUUGGGAACUGGUUGGAUCUGCCAGAGCUGGAUAAAAAGGGGGAGAAGACUGAGGCAUCCCUGUCUGUCAGCAGAUCCCAGGAGCUCUGCAGGAAGUUUUCUCUCACAGCCAACAUCUUCAAGAAGUUCCUGAGGAGCGUUCGGCCAGACCGGGACAGACUCCUGAAGGAGAAGCCCUGCUGGCUCCCACCCGAAGACAAAGAGCCCACGAUCUCCAAGAGACCAAAAAAGAUGAACAAACCCAAGGGGACAUUUUACUUCCCGCUUCACGGGAACAUCCAGAGCCAUCACAGCAAAGCAGAGAGGUGCCCCAAGGCAGAAAGCAACAGUGAGAAACCCAGAACUGGCACCAAGAAAGUCCACGACACCAUAGACUACACCCAGCCUGGGUUUGACAUCAACACAGCUGUCUGGGUCUGAGUUUGUUGGGGUCCUCUGCUCUGCUGAGCAUUUGUUUCACACCAGGGAGGAGCUGGAGGCCACACACAACAUUUCAGGAGAGCCCUGAGCUCCCAACACGGACUGAGAGGAGAGAGGAGUCCCCUGGAAAACCUGUGGUCACCUGCAAGUGGUGUUUUCCAGAGAACUACAGAGAUUUUGGGGGGGAAAACUUGCAAAAAUAAUCAGAAUCUUUAGGAGCUUUAGGGCGAGUGGUGCCACAGAUGGGCAGGUCCUGGAGCCUGCAGGUCCCUUCCAGCAUCUCCAGUUCCAACAGCCCAAAAUUCACUGUGUGCAUGUGUGUGUGUAUGAGUGUGCAAAUGAUAUAUAUAUAUAUAUAGUUUUUAAAAAAAAACAAACCACAAAACCAAUCUAUUCCUGCUUGUGUGCACUGAAAACUGGGUUAUAAACCAGCAACUCUAGUGUUGUACCUGAAGCACUUGUUACUUAAACUGAAGUUCUAAGACUUGAACAAUCCCCCUGGGGGUGCUGCCCCCAGCACUGCAGCCCUUGCCCUGCUCCCAGCACCUCUCCUGCCCCUCCCAGUCAAACCAGUAAGACACAAAGCUCCUUCCAUGGGAGUUUGAGACCCUGAAGCUCUGGGGGGGGGGAUUCUGCCUCUCUCCCCAUUCCCUUUUCCCAGGGCUCACACCAGACACAAGUUUGGUGUUGUGCUGAGGUACAAGGUUGGAAGAGGUGACUGUUGUUGUUGUUGUUUCCUGUUGCUGAGCUGUACAAACCCCCUGA